AUGCCCCGGAAGCACCACUGGUACAUGUUGAGACACCCGUUCGACUUAUCGUUGUUGCCUCUAUACCUGGACCAUGUUGUCGGUCAUGUGUUGGAAGAAGAGAACCGUGAUGCUUUAAAAUGCACCAAUCAUGGCCGAAAGAUUAUGAGUCAGUCACAACCUUUUGAGCAGUGGUUUCAGGAUGUGAUGCUAUCUAGGUUGUGA